CCUUCAAAAAAAUGAAAAAAAAAAAGUAUUUAUGUUCGACAAUUGCCCUUCGUCUUCUACUUUUCUAUUGGCGUCACCUUUAGGUUCUUUUAGUAAUUUCCAUAAAUAAGGAGGUCAACUCCGUCUCAUUAAUUUCUGCCUUCACACCCUCAACGAAUCCGCCAUGUUCCCCUCCUCUGCAAACCAAACUCACCAAUUUCGAUAAACAUUAAUCGGUUGGACAGAUAGUCACCGCGAAAGCUAACAGAUGGCGACUUCUGAACCAGACCGCCACCGGUCCCGGAAUCGACCAUCGUCGUCGAAUCGACCGCCGGUGCGGCCGCCAGUUCGUGGCAGAGUCCAGCUCCGGAAGCUGCUCCGGGUUGCUUCUGUCGCGUGCGGCAUACAGUUCGGAUGGGCGCUUCAGCUUUCUCUAUUGACACCGUACGUUCAGGAGCUCGGGAUACCACACGCGUGGGCGAGCAUCAUCUGGCUUUGCGGUCCACUCUCCGGCUUAGUGGUUCAGCCUCUGGUUGGUCACAUGAGCGAUCGGUGCACCAGCCGGUUCGGUCGCCGCAGGCCUUUUAUAGUUGCCGGUGCCGUUUCGAUUUCUUUAUCCGUUUUGAUCAUCGGCCACUCUGCGGACAUCGGAUGGUUGCUCGGCGAUAGAGGAAAUUUCCGGCCGAGAGCUAUCGCGGCGUUUGUUUUCGGAUUUUGGAUCCUCGAUGUUGCUAAUAACAUGACUCAGGGUCCUUGUAGAGCUCUUCUUGCCGAUCUUACUGGAAAGGACCAUCGGAGGACUCGGGUGGCGAAUGCGUAUUUCUCACUGUUUAUGGCCGUUGGGAAUGUUCUUGGCUUUGCAACUGGAUCAUUUAGCGGUUGGUUUAAAAUAUUACCAUUUACCAGGACAUCUGCAUGCAAUGCUGAUUGUGCAAAUCUCAAGUCUGCUUUCUUUCUUGACAUAAUUUUCAUUGUAAUUACUACAUAUAUAAGCAUUGCAGCUGCUAAGGAAGUCCCUCUAGGUUCACCUACCAACAGAGGUGCACCUUCUAAUGAAGAGGGGCCAGGACAGUCAGGACAUGCUCAGGAAGCUUUUCUCUGGGAAUUAUUUGGAACUUUUAGAUAUUUCUCAGGGUCGAUAUGGAUAAUUUUGUCUGUUACUGCUCUGAAUUGGAUUGGAUGGUUCCCAUUUCUUCUCUUUGAUACUGAUUGGAUGGGUAGAGAGAUCUAUGGUGGCAAGCCAAAUGAAGGGCAGAUUUAUGCUACAGGAGUCAGGAUGGGUUCAUUGGGUUUGAUGUUGAAUUCAGUUGUCCUAGGAAUUACUUCAGUUCUUAUGGAAAAACUUUGCAGGAAAUGGGGGGCUGGUUUUAUCUGGGGAGUUUCAAACAUCCUCAUGGCUAUUUGCUUUCUCUCCAUGCUCAUUCUCUUCUAUGUGUCAAGUCAUUUGGACUAUGUUGGCCAGGGUACACCACCAAAUGGUGUUGUAAUUGCUGCAUUAAUAAUUUUUGCUGUCCUUGGUAUUCCAUUGGCGAUCACCUACAGUGUUCCAUAUGCGUUGAUUUCCACACGUAUUGAGUCUUUGGGACUUGGCCAAGGCUUAUCAAUGGGUGUUCUAAAUCUGGCAAUUGUCAUUCCACAGGUUGUGGUGUCCUUGGGAAGUGGACCAUGGGAUCAGCUAUUUGGUGGGGGAAACUCACCAGCUUUUGCUGUCGCAGCAGUUGCGGCGUUCACUAGUGGACUGAUGGCAAUUUUGGCUAUUCCUCGAAGCAGUGCCAGUGUUCAGAAGCCCAGGGCUGUCGUAUGAGGUAUUCUGUUGUACUUAAUUUUUUGUAUGUAAUACAAGAUGACUAUUAAAUUUUUUGUAUGUUAUGCUUAAUGUAGUGCUAUACUUAAUUUUUUGUAUGUUCUACAAGAUGACUAUUCCUCGUGGCAAUUUUUUGUUUGUUAUACUUAAUUUUUUGUAUGUUAUACAAGAUGGCUAUUAAUUUUUUGUAUGUUAUACAAGAUGGCUAUUAAUUUUUUGUAUGUUAUACAUGAUGAUUAUUCCUCACAGCAAUUUUUUGUAUGUUAUACUUAAUUUUUUGUAUGUUAUACAAGAUGACUACUAAAUUUUUUGUAUGUUGGUGAAGUCCUCAAGUAUGGAUUUGAGAAAGUCCCAAAACUGCUUACCACCAAGUUUAAUAGCUGCUGAUUGGGAUCUAUUCCUCACAUAAACCUCAUCAUUUUUGCCCUUCUUUUGAAAGGCAAUUUCCUUUUCCCAGUUUUGGUCCAAUCAUGAUGCAUUGGGAUCUCGUGCAUUUAGUGCUUGAA